GGCGAAGUGCCAAUUACUCCUAACUAACAAUUUUCACGAAAUUCACUUUUUUAGCGUUUUGAAUUUAAAGGCGUUAUUCGCAUGUUUUUAUGAAACCUCCUAAGCGUAUUUUUUGUUGCAAAAGCAUUAAAUUGAAAUGUGGAAAUACCUCUCAAGUUAAACAUCGUGUCUAUUUUAUGGCAUUACCUCCUAACUUUUCCGGGACACGUCUAUGCGUGUUCGUUGGUUGUUUUCGAUUGACAUGAAGUUGGCGCGGCGAGCCCGGGGCGGCAGAAGAGACGAGGGGGAGGUAUUAUAAAGUCGAGCAGGCAGUUUGGGGCGAUUCGUGUUAGCACGUGUUUGUUUUGUUAGUUUACUCGUAGGUACAAUAGUUAAAACAUUGUGUUUCUGAUAUAAUUCACGGAUUGACGAGUUGUAAAGAACUACAGGUAAGAAAUACAAGUUAUUUCAUGUUAUUUGUGAUAAUAUUUAGUUGAUUUAAUGAUGAUAAUUAAACAUUGUGAGUUUUUCGUUGUAGAUAGGAUGUAUUUCUUCUACGUUUUUACUUGGUUGUUUGAUGAAUCAAUGCAUUUAGGAGGUAUUUUCUUUUAUGGUUUUAGCAAAAUGUCGCGGAUGACAAAGCAUUAUCAGGGAGUACGAGCAAGAAAGAUGUUGAAUAUAUUGAAAGGCCACGAGGAGAAUAAUCAGCCCCCAGCUACUGCUUCAUGCAACUCAGGUAAGUUGUUUUUUUUACCUAUCUACCUAGUGAGUUGUGAUUUCUGUGUUAGCAAAUUCUGAAACGCAUACUAAGUUUUGAUAUCUUUUCAGAUACGCUUGAUCAAGUGACACAAGAAAUCAGAACAUUACACUGCAAUGAUUACCAAACAAAUAAGCAGAAAUGUAACAUUACUAGAUCGAAUUCAUUUUCAAACAUUACGGUUAACAGUUUUAUGACUCGCCGACGUUGUUCUUCGCUGCCACCUACAAUUACAGUACACUAUGAAAGACGAUGCGAACCGGAACCUAAUAACCUAAUAAGUGAAACGUGUUCCUAUGAUGGUGACUAUUCUGGCAUUGAUAGUGAUGUAACUUACUGUCCUAGUCCUGGUAAUGAUCAAGAUUCAAACAGUUCUAGCUCAGGGCCAGGGUUACUUUUAGAUGAACCAUCCACGUCGUCAGGCAUUUACCAUGGAAAUCCAAACGAAGGCAGAAAACGCCUUGCUAAUCGUGACCCGGGUAACUGGAAGAAAUUAAAAAAUAAGAAACUUCGCAUGUUAGGAGAAGAAUAUUUGGGAUACACUAAACCAAAGGAUAGAAAACUAAAACAAGACAAAAUUAGACCUGCCAGAAAAUUAGGUGAUAGGUGCAACUCGCAGUUUUGCAGAAAGAGUAAGGUACGAAAUUGUGAAAGAUUUGAAAAUGAAAGACGACAAGAAAUACACACCAACUUUUGGAAAAAUCUUAACUGGGACCAGCGCAAAGUGUAUGUAGUCGGACUUGUAAACCGUAAGGGUACGGCACGCAAAACAAAUGAUCAGGGAUCGAGACGUGAAGGUACUUUCGAUUACUUUUUGCCAAUGAACGAAGGCCAAAAUUUACAGGUUUGCAGAACAACAUUUUUAAAUACUCUUUGUCUGGGGUCAUACACAGUCCAAUCUUGGGUCAAAAAAUCGCGUGAUAGAGUAAUUCCUUGUCAAGAAAUUCAAAAUACAAUGAGGAGCAGAACACCACGAUCUGGAACACAGCAGAAGCUUCUUACCGCACGCAACUUUUUAGACAAUAUUCCCAAGUUACCAUCUCACUAUGCCAGGAAGGAAACGUCAAAGUUGUAUUUAGAACCUGUUUACCGUUCUCUGAGCGAUUUAUAUAAACAGUACAAAGAACAUUGUACGGAAAAGGAAGAGCCUGUGCUUUCUCGCUUUACUUUCGAGAAAUUGUUUCACGAGAAAAAUCUGUCCUUAUACACCUUAAAAAAGGACAUGUGCGAUACCUGCUGUGGCCAUGCAGUAGGGAAUGUUACUACUUUUGAUUAUGAACAACACAUUAAACGUAAAAAUAGAGCGAGGCAAGAGAAGGAAACAGACAAAAAGAAGGCUACAUCUGGAGAGUUAAUUUUGUUGUCCAUGGAUUUGGAGUCUGUUAAAGUGUGCCCUUAUCUAACAGCUAGCGCAUUAUACUUUAAGACAAAGCUUACGUGUCAUAACUUUACAAUGUAUGACCUGGUCACUCACCAAGCCUCCUGUUAUUGGUUUGAUGAGACAUGCGCAGAUCUUACUGCUAGUACUUUCACAUCAUUUGUGUCCGAUUACAUCUUGAGAUAUUGCUUGCCUAAAGGAUUGCCUAUAGUCAUUUUUUCAGAUGGAUGCACCUAUCAAAAUAGGAAUAAUAUAAUGGCGAAUGCCUUGUUAAAUAUUAGUGUUGAACAUGACGUGACUAUCACACAGAAGUACUUAGAGCCUGGACACACACAGAUGGAAUGCGACUCAGUUCAUGCUGCGAUCGAAAGGAAGCUGAAAAACAGGGAGAUACAUCUUCCUAGUGACUACAUAACAGUAACGAAGGAGGCACGAGUAAAUCCCUUUCCUUAUGAAGCAGUUCAAAUUAACUUCGAUUUUGUUAAAAAUUAUAAUGAUAAAACAAAUUGGAGAUACAGCACCAUAAGACCCGGUCGAAAAGCAGGCGAUCCUGUAGUUGUUGAUCUGAGAGUCAUUCAGUAUAGACCAGAUGGCACUAUUUAUUAUAAAAUUAACUUUGAUGAUGAUUGGACAGAGUUACCUGUUAGACCGAGAAAACUGAACUCUGUCGCGUACUCACCUUUACAUGUUGCACCAAUUCCCAUAGCUUCUACCAAAUUUAAUCACCUUCAACAAUUAAAAGAAGUCUUGCCAAAAGAUUGUCACUUAUUUUAUGACAAUUUGUCUCAUGAAUAAUCUGUUCAUCUGCUUAAUUUGACUGAUUUUGAUGACUUUUAAUUAGUAAACUAAAGCAGCUACAUUUUUAAAAUUGUUUUUAUAAAAGAAAAAAAAAUGUUUUUUACGUUAUUUUUGUUAUUUGUUUUCUAAUAAGUCACAAAUUAAAAAGAUUCUGAUUAAUUCGGCGUUUUGUUCAUUUCAAUAUCUUCUAAAUAUCACAAUAUUAUCACAUAAAAUGAAUAAGUACAAAGUUAAUACCUCCUAUCUAUCCGAAUACCUACUAAACUAUCGUAAAAUGUACCAAUUCAGCAUGGUAUAUAAAGGAUAGAUUAUUAUUAUUCUAAAUUAAUACAUGUAUUUACAAAUUUUUAAUUUACCAAGAAAUUAAACGUUUUUUUCCGUUUCUGUAAAAUUUGUAUUUUGUA